AUGGAUUUUUUCAUAAUAGAUACGGUUGGAGACGGUACGGAAAAUGGUGGCUCAAGCUUUGCCUCGAUUCCUCAGUUACCGACGGCAACGUUCACCAGUACAUUCGAUGGCACUACGACACCCGGCGAAGAAAGUAAGCGUACCGUCACAGCACCAGCAGAAGAAAGCGACAACGACGACGAGGAUUAUGCAGGGCUUCCACCACCCGGUCAGAGCAUUUCAAAUAUCUUGAACGAAGAUGAUGAUAACCUCGAUAUCCGGCACAUUUCGUAUCGUAAAGAAGCCGUAAAUGUCACACCAUCCACCAGUGGUACCUCGAAAGUUGCUGCAAAGCGUCGUAAAGAUGAGCUGUGUCGUACGAACGUCGAGCAAGAGCUGAAAGGUGCCGUGCUAACACCGGGCAUUGAAAAGAAGGAGGAUAUUGCACGUUUGGCCAUGUCAGACAAAGCACUCCAGAAGCUAAACAGGCUGGAACGUAAAAAGACAAAGGGCAAAAAUUGGUUUGGCCUUUCUGCGCCGGAAAUCACGCCGGAGCUGGAAAACGAGCUAGCGCUCAUGAAGAUGCGCUCCAUACUGGACCCGAAACAGUCGUUCAAGCGGAUCGAUAAGCGGAAAACCCCCAAAUACUUUGAAAUUGGUAAGAUGAUCGAUUCUCCGCUCGAUCACUUCAACGAGCGAGGCGUAAAGAAACUAAAAUCAAAAUCACUCGUCGACGAGCUGAUGGCGGAUGCUGAGUUCCAAAAGUACAACAAGCGGAAGUAUGCCGAAUCGCUCGAUCGGCAGAAGAAGAAGGCGUACCACAAGGCGGUCAUGAAGAUGAAGAAGGAGAAAAAGAAGAGCAAGAAGAAAUAAAG